AUGGCUCGACGCGCGUAUCUCUGUCUCGGAGUUUUAUUGUUCGUCUACUUUGUAAGCGGACAAGAAGAAGAUGCUGGAGGUGAUGAUUUAAGCCCUGAACAGCUUUGCGAAGGUCGCCCUGCGGACGAAUACUUCCGGCUUACUACUGAAAAUGAUUGUCGAGAUGUUGUCAGGUGCGACAAAGGUGCUGAAAACGGCGUAACAAGACUCGCUUCAGUACGGUGUCCAAUCAGCCUAGCCUUCGAUAUUGAGCGCCAGACCUGUGAUUGGAAAACACAUGUUAAGAAUUGCGAUAAAAUAGAAAAACCAAGAAAGGUCAUGCCUAUACUGAAAACGGAUGAACCCAUAUGUCCUGAGGGAAAUCUUGCUUGUGGUAAUGGCGAUUGUAUUGAAAAAGCCUUAUUCUGUAACGGAAAACCCGACUGCAAAGAUGAGUCUGAUGAAAAUGCUUGCACCGUUGACCUCGACCCAAACAGAGCUCCUGACUGCGAUACUACUCAGUGUACUCUACCAGACUGCUUUUGCUCAGCUGAUGGAACUCGUAUCCCCGGUGGACUAGAACCAAAUCAAGUACCUCAAAUGAUAACUAUUACCUUCAAUGGUGCUGUUAAUGUUGAUAAUAUCGACUUAUAUGACCAAAUCUUUAAUGGAAACCGUCAAAAUCCAAAUGGAUGCCAAAUUCGUGGUACCUUCUUUAUUUCUCACAAAUACACCAACUACGCUGCAGUUCAAGAAUUGCACCGUAAGGGCCACGAAAUUGCUGUAUUCUCAAUAACUCACAAAGAUGACCCUCUUUACUGGUCUGGAGGAAGCUAUGAUGAUUGGCUUGCUGAAAUGGCCGGAGCUCGUUUAAUUGCUGAACGUUUCGCAAAUAUCACCGAUGCCUCUAUUAUUGGUGUUCGUGCUCCAUACUUACGUGUUGGCGGUAACAAGCAAUUUGAGAUGAUGGCCGAUCAAUACUUCGUUUACGACGCUUCAAUAACUGCUCCUCUUGGUCGUGUUCCUAUCUGGCCUUACACGCUGUACUUCCGAAUGCCUCACAAAUGCAACGGUAACGCCCACAACUGCCCAUCAAGGAGCCAUCCAGUUUGGGAAAUGGUUAUGAACGAAUUGGACAGGAGGGACGAUCCUACUUUCGAUGAAUCUUUACCUGGUUGUCAUGUAGUUGACUCGUGCUCUAACAUCCAAACCGGUGAGCAGUUCGCGCGUCUCCUACGUCAAAACUUCAACCGCCACUACACAACCAACCGUGCCCCCCUUGGUCUGCAUUUCCAUGCUUCUUGGCUUAAAUCUAAAAAGGAAUUCAGAGACGAACUGAUCAAAUUCAUUGAAGAAAUGUUAGGAAAGAAUGACGUCUAUUUCACCUCUUUAAUACAAGUAAUACAAUGGAUGCAAAACCCAACAGAAUUAUCAUUGCUUAGGGACUUCCAGGAAUGGAAACAAGACAAAUGUGACGUGAAAGGUCAACCAUUCUGUUCGUUGCCAAAUGCAUGUCCCUUGACUACUCGGGAACUCCCAGGAGAGACACUGCGACUAUUCACUUGCAUGGAAUGCCCAAAUAAUUAUCCAUGGAUUUUAGACCCCACAGGAGAGGGAUUCAGCGCUAAGAAGUGA